AUGGGUUCAAGAAUCUACGCGCCAGGAUACCACUUAUUCGGAAGAUUUCCGGAAAGCAGAAAAUCGCUACGCAGCCGUCCAUGGCACCGCGCCCGGACGGUCCACCACCCGAUCCAGACCCUGGGCAAACAAGAUCCAUCCCAAACGGAGAGGGUCCGUUGCCUAUUGACGGCUGCAGUAACCGGAGACUCGGAUACAAUUCGUCUCCUUCUCGAUCAUCCACACACACGCAAGGCCGGAUCGUCAGAAUCCAUCGUUGACUACGAGGCAUUUUCACCGGUAGAUGUCCGUCAAGAUCCCCUUCUAAUUGAUAUGAACGCCGUGCGACUAGCUAAUAGAUAUCCGGUGACGCUACAUGAUGAAUCCGGCUCAUUGCUCGCGGUGCUCACAGAAGAAGCGCUUGAGACAAUGGUCCUUGAAGGUCAAUAUGAUGCUUUUGCUGAACCAGCCGUUCUUCCCGAACAUACACCCGUACAUCAAAAACUUCAGGACCUACAGACCCGAGUGGAUGGAUUGUGGCAAGCCAUUUACGAUGGAGACAUUAGGACCCUAAAGCAUUUGGUUUGCGAGCCAAGAAUGGGCCUUUGUCGAGACGGUCUGGGGCGUACACCCUUACACAUUGCAUAUUUGGUCGGCCGAAUUGAUAUUGUGGACUAUCUACUCUAUGUAGCUCCAGAUGCAGCAAACAUAAAGGACAGGACGGAUCGGCUUCCUGUGGAGUAUUCUCUGCUUUCGGAAAGUGAAGAGGAUCUUCUGAAUAAGGAUCGUCCAGCGAGAAAGAAGCGCCGUCGGCAUAAGGGAUUUUCCACUAGGAAGAGGAGGAGUACGGCCCGAAUGCGGGUUCCGCUAAUGAGUGAUUUUGAAGACGAUGCAGAGGUGGAAUACAGGAUCUUGGGCAUCGACACUUCGCUCAAGACAAAAUUCGAUGUGUUAGAGGAUUUACAGAUUGAGGGAAAGGCCGACCAGCUGUGGAGGACGGUUAAGAAAAACGUUGCCAAUGAACGACUGGUUCGAUAUGUGAAUGAUUUCAGGAAUCAGCAGAUGCGUCUCAACAGCGCAAUAGAAGCCAUUGAAAAGAAUGACGAAAAGAGAUUACGACAGCUCGUCGAUGAGGAAUUGGUUGGGGCCCGAGAUUCCCGAGGAAUGAGGCUGCUCCAUAUUGCCGUGCUUCGAGAGCGCCAUGAGAUGGCUGAAUUUCUUGCAUCUGAAUAUCCGAAGGAGAUGGAUUUGAUAGAUGCGCAAGGGCGAUCACCGUUACACUACGCGGCCGUACAGCCGAAUGCUAUUUAUGAUACCUUGGUGGAGUUAGGGUCUAAUCCUGAUAUUAAUGAUUUGGAUGGCUUCUCUGCCUCGUUCUACCGUGAAAAUCCAGAUCGACUAUGCCGACCGAUUUCCGCUCCAUCACCACUCAUCCACACGCUGAGCUCAGAUGACGAUUGGGUUGAUCCGGAUGCGCCCCGAGAUGACGAGAUUGAAACGUGGCUUGCAACCGGAGAGGUGGCUCGAUUGGAACAGUUGAUCUUGGAUGGUCGUGGACAUAUGCUGGCUGAUAAGCAAUCCCAAAAUACACAAACUCGCGAAUUCCUCAAAUCGAUGCCACAAUAUCAGUCUAAAAUCGAAGCUAUCCAUAAGGCAGUCGAAGAUGGAGAUGUGCGGAGGGUGAAGUCGUUGAUUGAUCGUCCUCAAUUGGCUACGGCUAGGGAUUCGUACGGAAUGACACCAUUGCAUAAGGCUCUUCUCCACGGUCAAACCAACACUGUCCGCUAUCUUUUGGCCAAGUAUCCGAUUGCUGUAAAUGCUACCGAUCAUGCGGGUCGUACAGCGUUGCAUUAUGCGGCGGCGGAUCCGAAUGGUGAACACAUGAUCAAGGUGCUACAGAAGAGCGGCGGCGACGCAUUUAUUGAGGAUAAGCACGGCCAUACACCAUUCUACUAUCGUACGCACGGGCAGAGGUUGAACGUGCGCACCCUAAAGGACAACGCAAUAAUGAGCCAACUCAUUUCCGGCCAGCUCCACCGACCGCUUUUGCAAGAUCUAGAAGAAGACAUCUACGAUUGGAUCCACACGGGAAAUGUCGGAAAGUUGGAAGAAUUGGUGCUGACCGGAUAUGCCGAUCUGUUGUUGGGACGUAACCAUGAAGUCGAAGAUGCAGACAGUAUCGGAUUCUUGGAAGUUUUGCCCCAGUAUCAGGCCAAAAUCGCCGCUAUCCAUAAAGCUGUUGAGACGGGCAAUUUGCGAGCUGUCAAACUACUCACCGACCGGAAAAAGUUAGCGCUAUGCCGGGAUUCCAGAGGAUUAUCCCCACUUCACAAGGCUAUCGUCUUCGAAAAAAGCGACAUUGCCAAAUAUCUAAUCCGCAAUUAUCCGCAAAGCAAAAAACGAACCCCGCUUCAUUACGCAGCCGCAUUAAAGGAUGGCGGCUACUUGUACAAAGUGAUGCGCCGGAGUGGUGCCGAUCCAAAUGUUUACGAUUGUCAUGGCCGACCGGCAAAGUAUUAUCUGAAGCAUCCAGGAGAGAUCGACUUGGCUGCAAUGAGGCUUGAUACGAAAGCUGCGUUGAAGCAAGUGCUGCACAACCGAGUGGCUCCUUCAUAUCUCGAAUCAUCCAUCCAACAGUGGUUACGUGAUGGUCAAAUAGCAAAGCUGGAACAAUUGGUGCUGAGUGGAUGUGGUGACCUACUUCAGAAUCGCUCAAGCGCUAACGCAGACACCGGCGUUUUCCUUGACCAACUACCCGAAUAUUUGGAAAAAAUUGACGGUAUCCACAAGGCUAUUCGUGAGGGUGAAAUCGAGAGGGUGAAGGAGUUAAUGACAACGAAGAAGCUGGCAAUCGCUCGCGAUCGGUUCGGGUGCACACCCCUUCACGCAGCCGUUGUUCACGAACACACAGAUAUCGUGCGAUUUAUUGCUGGGCAUUAUCCCUCAGUCCUGAAUGCUCCUGAUUACAAUAAACGCACUGCAAUGCACUACGCUGCGGCAGCACGCGAUGGUGGUCAUUAUUUGAAAAUUCUGGGGAAAGCCGGAGCAGACCCGAUGGCAGUUGAUAAUGAAGGUCGUACCCCGGAUUAUUAUCGCCGUAAUGCUGUAAUUGAUCUAAAGAUGAUCAAGGAUCGGGAAGACGAUUUCGAGAUAUUGCAAGAGGAACUGCUUGAAGAUGGGCCAAUGGUUGAUAGCCCUGGGACACCCGAUUCAGCCAGUAUUGAUAGUGAACAAGUGGAUUCGGCUCGAAUCUACGAAGAAGAUGACGAAUUUGAUCGUCACCGUUUCGAACGCAUGGUCAAUAAUAAUAGAGUCGACCUGCCGACAAGUGAAAAUGGUAUCUACUUGGCCCGCACGGUGGCUCCAGUGCUGACAAAAGCCUUGGCUGAGGUGCUUCUACGUCGCCCGGCUGACCCGAUCGGUUUCAUUUCGGAUUGGCUCAUCAAAUACACAAAUGAGAUCCCGAAACGAACGCCA